AUGUUCCAUCUCCUCCCCGUGAUAGAGGAUGACAUCUCCUCUAUGGUCGAGUUGUGGUACGACACCUUUGGUGAUCCCAUCAAUCGGCGGCUGUAUCCCGAUACCCUGGGGGGGCGCGCCUGGCUAGAGGACUACCACCGUGCCAGUCUGCAAUCUCCUGAUCAACACUAUCUUAAAGUUGUCACGGAUAGUACCGGGUCGACUCCUCCCCUCGUAGCAUUCGUGAAAUGGGACUUCAACACCACCUCUCCAGGUCACCACUUUCCCCCGCGCCAUGUCGAUUUCAACCAGGUCUUUUGCGACACGUUCUUCGGGGGGCUGGACCAGGCGCGACGGACCAUCAUGGGCUCGCGUCCGCACUAUUAUCUGGAUGCCCUGAUCACCCACCCGGAUUAUCGCCGGCAGGGAGCGGCAUCAAUGCUCAUCCAGUGGGGAUGUGACCGUGCCGAUCAGGACGGGAUCCCCAUCUGGGUGGAUUCCAGUCAGGAAGGGGCCCGGAUCUACGAGCGCUUUGGGUUUCACGAUGUCAGUGUGUCGGGGGUGACUCCGACCGGCGCCAUGUCCAUGCUGCGGGAUCCCGUUGGUGGUGAUGCCGCGUAG